AAAAACCUCCUUCUCUUAAAUUCAAAUCAGUAGUCUGUGAAGGCAAAAAGUCAGAUACAGGUUUCAGCGAAUAUAGUUCCAAUAGCCUCUUCAUCUCUUAGCUCAAAUUCGUCACAUUUCGAAAUGAGCUCCACCUCAUUAAAAUUUAUCCACACCUAAUCUAGUCGAUUUCGACAGAGACAAAAAAAUACAACCUACUUGUGGAUAUAACAUAGAGAUAGAAAAUUGAUUAUUGUGGUACAAAUGCUGUACGACCUCAUCCAUCCGUCUCUUUGUGUUAACUCACCCCACCGUGGAAAUGUAUUAAAUAAAGGUAGAUCGACUUCUGGGAGUUCAAUACACAUAACAUAACAAUUCAGACCAGAUCAGUGACCCAUCAUAGUCAGUAUUGUUUUUCUGUAUGUCCCAAAGUGAUGAGUAUGAAGAAUGAUAAGAUGUGGACUGCAAUUUCAUUAUGCUUUUUUUUAAUGCUAAAUAUAAACUAUACUUUAUCUGAACAAGAAAAAGCAUUAGAAAAGGAUCAUGCUGAAGACCUUAGCGGCGACACCAUUGAUCGCCAAAAUAUACAAGGAUCGUUUUGGAGAACUGUUAGAUAUGAAGAUUUAAAUGACCCAAAAAAGGAAUUCUUUUCAAGGAUAGAACUGCCAGAUGAUAUAGUUAGAUCCUCUCUUGAAGGGAAACUAUCGGAUAGAAAUAGAAGACAAAUAGAUGAAGAAAACAUCGAUGCGGGAACUGUUAUAAUUAAUACGGAUAUAGCAAAAGAAAUUAGCACUCAGCAACAAGAAGUCAGUACUCAAGAAACUCUUAAAGUAUCAACUGAAAGUAUUCCUCCAACAACUGCAAUAAGAAUGGAAGAUAAUCAUGCUAAAACCAAUUUCAUACCAAUCAACGAUUUCAUAAGAUUCAGACGAGAACUGAUUCAGGAGGCGCACGAGGACACUGAGAAUGGCGAAAAUGAAUCUAAAAGCAACAGUAGAUCCCAACGUUUCGAUCUGGAGAAUGAAAAUUUCGAUGUGCAAAAUAAUAGGGGACCACGUGGUUUGAGUACACAAGAGUGGGUGAAAUUCCCGUAUCCAGUUCAGAGAACCCAGAAAUCUGAGGACUCUUUCGCUACUUCGAGUGUCUUCAAUAAACCGAGAAGGGUUCAUUUCAUCACUCAGAAACAGUUUGCCGUUGAUAACCCAUCAAUAGGUUCCUCGAACUCGAGACAAGGUAGAGUUGAUGAUCAGCCUACACUGUCUAGAGAUCAAUCAAGGGUAGAAAAGAUAGAAAUGGAUGUAAGAAGGGGAAAAGAAAUGUUCAUCCCGAGAAAUUUCGAUGGUCCAAUAGAAUAUCCGUAUCGAUUUCCAAGAGGAAGAUAUUAUGAGAGAGAUUUGGUAGAACAAAGGCCAGAUUCUAGAUCACUAGGAAUUUAUCCGAGAAAUAGAGAUAGAAGAAUAAUUUAUUACGCAAAUCUUCCAGAAAUAACGAGAAACCCACCCAGAUUCAGAGAAAUGGGAAGAUUCAAAGAUCCAGUCGAGGAGAGUUACUUUGGGAGUAAACAUCAAAGAGCAUUCUACAGGGAUCCCAGAAACGAAGAACUCCAACACCCCAUGAUAGUUUCAGCAGAUAUAAAUGUGAGGGACGUGACCAAAAAUCCAGAAAAAAGAAUCUAUUCUGAUGUCAAAAGAAAAUAUCAUUAUGAUUCACCUUAUUUUGAUGAGGAUCAAUCGACGAGGAUUCGGAGAAACUAGUUUUGGUGAUCUAAUAUUUAUAUUAAAGAUUAUUCGCCAUUCUGAAUUCAUUUGAAACUCUCCCUUCUCGGACAUUACUCUACAUUUAUGUAGUUGUUCUUCAUCAUUUUCAUUAUAUACUUCUACAAUUAGCACCGUAUAGGUACGUUGUUGUCCUUGGUAUAAGGGGUUUUGCUUCUACCGAAGAUGUUAUCUAUUUAUUCCUUCUCCAUAAUAUUACAAGCACAAGUUCGUUUACGAACGCAAUUUAUAGAUGGCAGUCAUUCUUCGAUACAGGUUUUGAUUGUAGAAGAUUUCAUUCAUACAUUCUCGAUUUCUAGAGUAUUCAGGAUUUCUGAGGAUUACAUUUCGUACAAUUUCUUUCGAUUGUAUAAUCUUGAAAUGGUCAUCGAAUAAUGAGUCGUUAAUUAUCAUUUCAUUUUUCAUUAGGCAUUAGGUAUAGGAUCUCAGAUCAGUCACUUCUUUCUUGUAUACCCAAUUCAACUCAAUGCAAAUCUAGAACAAUAUUUUCAUAAUGAGAAAUAUGCGCCUUAAAUCCUUCGAUAUUAAGUUUAAUCUUUCACAGUGUCAAGUGUGAAAUGAAUGAAGUUUGAAGAAUCCUCUGUGUUGAAGGAAUACUGCGUCAAAUUGUUGGUUGGAACUGAUUCUUUUUUACGCGAAAUACCUUACACAUAAAUGUAUCCACAUAAA